AUGCCCCGGGGCGGGAAGCCGGGAAGCCCGGGGCGGUGGGACCGGCGCGGGGAGCGGGAGCGGGAGCGGGUGGCGGGGCCGCGCUCCGGCCGGGAGCUGAGCCCCUCACACAGGCCUGGGCUGCUUCCCCGUGAAGGCACCUUCUGUGGGUGUCUCCGGACGAGAAAGCCAAACUGCAUCGGCUGUCCAUCUGCAGCUUCCAAUUUGGAGGAUUCAUCUUUGGUGCCUGACUACUCGCUUACUCGUAUCUUCAUCCUUCAGAUCAAAAAGACUCAAGCAGUGCACGCAGGGCUGAGGCAGGGUGUGGGUAUGGCCAUGAGAAAAAUGGGAAGUGUGGCCAAACCAGAUGUUUAUAUCAUUAAGGAUGGGGACACAGUCACUGUAAAAACAGAAAGCACCUUCAAGACUUCGCAGUUCAGCUUCAAGCUUGGUGAGAAGUUUGAGGAAAAUACAUUAGAUGGCAGGAAAACUCAGACCCUUGUCAGCUUAAAGGAUGAUGGGUCAUUGAUUCAGGAGCAGGGAUGGGAUGGCAAGAAGACCAUAAUAACACGGAAACUAGUGGAUGGACAGUUGGUGGUGGAAUGUGACAUGAAUGGUGUCAAGUGUAUCAGAGUCUACCAG